AUGAACCCUGAAUACGACUACCUGUUCAAACUUCUUCUGAUCGGUGACUCUGGAGUUGGAAAGUCAUGUCUGCUGCUACGCUUCGCGGACGACACCUACACUGAGAGCUACAUCUCCACCAUCGGCGUCGACUUCAAGAUCAGAACCAUCGACAUGGACGGAAAGACGGUGAAGCUACAAAUCUGGGACACAGCCGGUCAGGAGCGGUUUCGAACCAUCACCUCCAGCUACUACAGAGGAGCUCACGGCAUCAUCAUCGUCUAUGACGUCACCGAGCAGGAGUCCUUUAACAACGUCAGGCAGUGGUUGGACGAGAUCGAUCGCUACGCCUGUGAAAACGUCUCCAGGCUGCUGGUGGGAAACAAGUCUGACCUCGUUAGCAAGAAAGUGGUGGACGCCGCCACUGGUCAGGACCUGGCGUCGUCUCUGAAGAUUCCCUUCCUGGAGACGAGCGCUAAGAGCUCGGACAACGUGGAGAGGUCUUUCCUCACCAUGGCCUCAGAGAUUCACCGGCGCCUGGCCAGUGAGGGGGGGGGUCUGCAGGGUCAGUCCACAGAGGCCAAGGCCCAGGGCACCAAGAUCAACAGCGCCCCUCUGUGGCUGGGGGGAGAAAAACAGGUGCAGGAGGCCGGUAACUGCUGUUGAUCAGGAAACAUCUGCACUGACGUCGCUGCUCUGUUCAGAGAGAGAGUUCACACUCAUGCACUGGUUUAGUGUUUAAACACACAAUCACAUUUUGUCAGAAUUGUGUUAUUUGCUAUUGACAAAAUAAAACUGAGUUAUCAGGAAGAAAAAACAUGUUUUUACUACAAUAUUCAGUUUGAGCUUGUGUUUUUUUGAAGUAGGCCUAUAGGAGACAUUUCUGCUUUAUUAUUAGAGAAGAGACAAACAGAUGAGAGAUUACAGCCAACAGAGAGUUCACUGCAUCAUCCCUUUACCUCAAGAUAAAACAGUUUGUAUAAAGUACAGGUUCAAAAGUCAAAUGAAAAUAAUAUUUAAAUAAUAGUUCAAUGUACGAGUUUUAUGAAGAACUGUGGCAUCAGCAGUUUGAGCUGCUGUUAGAGACGAAUGCAAAGUGUGAUUUCAUUUACUGUCAAUUCUCCGAAGUGCGAUUUUUUGGUGUUUGUCAGAUUUUGUUGUGGUUUGUUU